AUGUUGAUGAGCGCAGCAUGUGGCACAUGGAUAUGUGAAGGUCUUGGCGAUGUCGAAGUUUGUGGGAAUGGCACAUUCGUGCGAAUAAAAGAAAUGCUCGACGGGCUUGCAGCACCUGGAGGGAAGGUUUCCGACUGGCGCCCUCAAUCCGCCCUUAACUCACUUUGUGUCAUCAAAUCAGGCACAGAGCCAGGCGGCGAAGACAUAUAG